AUGGCGACGUAUUUUCAUGGAAAUUCAGAAAUUCAGGGGGGUGGUGAUGGUUUACAGACACUGAUUUUGAUGAAUCCUGGCUAUGUUGGAUACCCUGACAAUCAACAGCCACAGCCGCCGGGUAGCAACUUCGUUUUUCUCAACUCCAGCACCACCGGAAACUCACUCAACUUACCCCACGCGCCACCGUCUCAAACUCAGCACUUUGUUGGUAUACCUCUCCAGGCCACCCCUUCAACCGCCGCCUCGUCCCAAGACCCUCACGCUCCGCCUGUCCAUUCCCAGCAUGAUGUGUCACCCUUUCACGGGUUCUUCCCUCGCGUACCGUACAAUUUGUAUGCUCCGUCGAUGGACGUUACGGCAGGACGUGAAGUUACACGCUCUCAGCAAGGACUUUCCUUGAGCCUUUCUUCCCAGCAGCCAUCGGGGUAUGGAUCUUUUAGACCUGAACAUGAGGUGAUAUCGCAACCACUUGUGACCACUGUAUCGCCACCACGUGCUGGCGGCGACGAUGUUAGAAUUUCGGGAGGGUCGCCGUCCUCGGCGACGGCUUCGGGGAUUUCGAACGGUGUGAACAGUAUGCAAAGUGUGCUGUUAAGUUCUAAGUAUUUGAAGGCAGCACAGGAAGUUCUUGAUGAAGUUGUUAAUGUUGGUAAGGGAGUUAUAAAGAGUAUCUCUGAGUCUGCCAAGAACCCUAAUGGACAAGCCAAGAAUAUUGGAGAACAGCCGCCGCCGGCCGGAGAUGGACAAAACGGAGGAGACACCAGUGCAAAACGUGAUGCUGAGCUCACUACAGCAGAAAGACAGGAAGUUCAGAUGAAAAAAGCAAAGCUUCUUAACAUGCUUGAUGAGGUUGAGCAGAGGUACAGACAGUACCACCACCAGAUGCAGAUUGUAAUCUCAUGGUUUGAACAAGCAGCAGGCAUAGGUUCUGCAAAGACAUACACUGCUCUGGCUUUGCAAACAAUCUCAAAGCAAUUCAGGUGCUUAAAAGACGCGAUAUUAGGCCAAAUUCGAUCUGCCAGCAAGAGUUUAGGCGAAGACGAUGGUUUGAUAGGGAAGAUUGAAGGUUCAAGGCUAAAGUACGUCGAUAAUCAGCUUCGACAACAGAGAGCCUUACAGCAAUUGGGAAUGAUCCAGCAUAAUGCUUGGAGACCCCAGAGAGGAUUACCAGAACGAUCUGUUUCUGUCCUUCGUGCUUGGCUCUUCGAACACUUUCUGCACCCUUAUCCCAAGGAUUCUGAUAAGAUCAUGCUUGCCAAACAGGCAGGGCUUACUAGGAGUCAGGUGUCGAAUUGGUUCAUCAAUGCUCGGGUUCGACUCUGGAAGCCGAUGGUCGAGGAGAUGUAUACGGAGGAGGUUAAGGAACAAGAAAAGAUAGGACCAGAAGAAAUGACAAGCAAAAGUGAGCAAAAUGAAGAUUCAGUGUCAAAAUCCCCUGUUCCACAAGAAAAGAGGCCUACCAAAGAAAGCCGAAACAAGAAUUUCGUUGAUAAACAAGAGAAUCCCAUGAACCAGAACACAAAUCCAGCAACAAUAAUGUCCACGGUCUCGACUUCUCCAACCGGAGCCAGUAUCAGGAAUCAUUCAGGUUUCAACCUAAUUGGAUCAUCAGAAAUGGAGAGUAUCACUCAAGGAAGUCCAAAGAAACCGCGCAGCUGCGUAGAAAUGUUACAUUCACCAAACAGCGUCCCAUCCAUAAAUAUGGAUUUAAAGCCUAUUGAGACAAACAAUGGGCAAAUUUCCAUGAGGUUCAUGAAUGAGAGGCAGAGCAGGGAUGAGUUUACAUUAAUGGGGGCUCCAACUAACUUCAUAUCGGGAUUUAAUUCGUAUCCAAUUGAGGACAUUGGAAGGUAUGGUGCCGAGCACUUCCAAGCACCGUAUUCAGGAAAUGGCGUUUCUCUCACUCUCGGCCUCCCACAUUGCGAAAAUCUCUCCAUUUCAGGCACACAUCAAACCUUUCUUCCAAAUCAAAGCAUUCAGCUCCGACGAGGACUUGAAAUCGGUGAAGCAAAUGAGUUUGGUGGUAUGAACACUCCAACAUCCCCUCGUUCAUCCAAUGUGUACGAAAACAUUAACAUUCAAAACCGGAAGAGGUUUGCUGCACAGUUGUUGCCAGACUUUGUCGCUUGA